UCCAAAAACAUAUGCAUUACAAAUUCGACCCUCACAAGAACACCGUCUCUACACCGACCACUUAGUUGAACACCUGGACGCGGGGCUCGAUCGGGCUGAAGCUCUUCUCCGAAGGCGGGGCCGCAACGACGCCGAAGGGCAUGAUCGCGGUCGACCGCCACGUCGUGGGCAGCCCGAACGCGGCCUGGAUCUUCGCCGCGAGCGCGGGGUCCGCGCCGUUGUGCUGCAGGCUAGCGCCCAACCCUUCGAGCGCGAGUGCGACCCACACCCCAUGCUGGAGCAUGCCGGUCGAGUUGUCGCUCCAGUGCGGGAACUGCGACGCGUAUCUAGGCGAGGGAGCGUGCGUCAGCACACGCAUGGGUCAACCAGGUUGGAUGGAAUCGGCUUACGGUGGGACUUUGGCCGCGAAGCCCUCGACGACGGCCUGGUCCUCCCAGAACAAGAUCGAUCCGUAUCCGCCACUCAGCCCGUCGAUACGCUUGUUGACCCCGUCCUUCUGUUCUCCUGCGAUCGAUGAACAUCACCACUAACGCCGCUGCCGUUGCGACACGCACCUUCUAGGCCCGCGACAGCGGCCUCGCGCACGAGCGCCCACAGCUUCUUGUUCUGCUCGCCGAGGACGAUGGAGACGCGCCCCGACUGGGAGUUGAAGGCGGACGGGGUGUUGAGCACGAGCUGCUUGAUGAUCUCCUCGAGCUUCGCGUCGGGGAUGGACGACUUCGCAGUCAGCGCGUAGUUGGUCCGGCGGAGGGCGAUUGCGCUGAGGAAUUCCGUAGACAUUGGAUGGAUGAAGAUUGGUUGGUUUGUUGGUUGUUUGACUGGUCUGGAUGCUGGUUAGCGGGGCUCGGGUUCCAGGCGAUGAGUAAAGGUUGGCACGAUGACCAAAUCGCGACUACGAAUUCUGACAGCCCAAUCGAUGGUGUCGUGCUCGUGCAGUAUCAGUUAAGCAACUCUGCCCGCGGAGCGCAGAGUUCCAGAGUCUUGUCAACCGAAGCGGUGACCCGGAUGCUUCUUGCAUGUCGAUAGGCGGGAGCUCUAUGCACCAAUGCAGAGCAGAUCCAAAGCGACUUGCACACGCGCACCCACGGGCUCCAUUCAGUUGCACCUCGCGAUAAUAAAUUCAAACUGAUGGGGUCCAAGCAAGACUAGAGCGGGAUUGACAAUCGUUGCCUUUUUUGGAAAUUAUGAUGACGGAAAAGCGAUGACAUGACAGAUUUGGAAUCACUCUCAAACUGGAAAUGACAUACAGUACGACCUCAUGAUCGCGGAGGCGGUGGCGGGCAUGUUUCGACAUCGUUCGCAUCAAUGGCGCGUUUUUUGCUGUCCUUUAUCAUCUCAACUGCAAAACAUUUCUACCGUAGUGAGAACAUCAAUAUCAACUUUUAUGCGACCUAACGGUGUAUAAUCGAUCACUCCUGUGACCUAUCAAUAGGAAAAUCACGCUGUUCGAUGUGCUGACUGAGUUGCCAAUCGACAGGUCGGCCGUAAAUUUACAUGGCCAACCAGUGAGGGUCGCCACAAACAAUGCAGUUGUCUUGGGGUAGCGUUGCAAAUUCCCAUGGCUCGAACGG